AAUCUGAUUUAGUGUGAGCCCCACCUAUUUACACUGUUUGCAGGCACAGAACAAAAGGUCGUUGACGACUGAAGAGGGUGUGCUGCAGUGGUACAUCACCCUACGACAGUAAAUUUUGAUACCAUGAGAUUUUCAUAACGCGAGAGCUUCGUACCUUGAGUUGGCUGGUGCACCCGCGAGAAAAGGGCGACAACGCAGACGGCUUCGCAUUGAGAAAUUCACAGUCUGCGUUGGUGUUAGCACCGGAUCUCACCUUGUAUUGCCAUCUCGACCGCUCUUUCCUCCAGCCCAUCUUGUGUCCAACGGAGCGCGUUUGUGAGCGCCCAUCGGGUUUUGAACGUUUCCGACCACUUGUUGCUCACCCCUCGUGCCUAAUAAUUCCCUUUCGGGGAGGCUGAUGUAAGCCUGUGCUGCGACCGUUCGAAACCCUUCUUCGUCGCUGUAAUCUGCAACCUUUCAGCACGGAGCCAUGCUACCCUGCCGACCGUCUCCGUCGAAAUGCACAUUCGUGAUUAGACGCUAUAUAUCACGGGCUGCCUCAAAACACCACGUCCGCAUGCGCGCCCUCGUCUCUCUAUACCACCAGUGCGACACCUUUGUAACUCCGGAAAACCUCUCCCAGAAAAUAGACGAAGCCUUUGUUCCUCAGACAAAUAACGUCAACUUCACCUCCAACUUCGACAAACGCAGUUUUGCAGAGCUGAAGAGGUUAGUUGCCGAAAGAGAAGAGGAGCCGCGCCAUUUCUUCGGAAAGGGCGUCAAGCCGCCUCCCACUGGCCUAAGGGCAGCGCUAGCAUCGUCAAGCCCCAACAGUGACCAACAGAGAACGGCAAGGGCGAUGGAGGCGCUCGUAGGGGUGAGCCGGGAUGGAAAGCCGUUGUGGACUGCGGUCCAGGAGAAUGCGACGAAAAUAGAAAAACAACUACAGGAAGACCAACGGCAGGGCGUUUAGCUAGGUAAGCGAAUAUAUUGAUUCAUAUCUGCUUGGUCCGAUUAUGACGGUCUGCCCAGAGUUGUCACUUGGCCUGCGGAUAGUGGGCAGACUUCAUUAUAGUGACUCAGCAUUAUAAAUUUUAUCUCCAUACUGCGCUGUCCCAUCCAGUUAGUUCGAUAUAUUGACGGCGAACUUCUGGAGAUGCUUCUGGCAUCAUAGACCUGUAAUUGUGACCAAAGACCGGGUGGUGAGGCGCAGUGAGCAAUAAUAUUUUGCGUGAACGCCAUGUCUGGGCGGUAGACUCGGU